UUCAUAAUUAUUCUUCUUAAUAAUACUCCGUAAUUACUUUUCUGUUCCUGCUUUCUACCAGCGUUCGUCUCCGAAUCUUCGCUUUCCGGCGAGAUCAAAGGUGAAUUUUGAUUUCUUCCAUAGUUGGUAAUAGUAGUUGGUCAAACUUCAAUGCCUUCGGCUAUUUCGCCUCAGUGGCAAGAUAAGGCUAGUGGGUUUUUCCAAUCCUCAGGGGCCAAGCUGAAAGAAGCUGGGCAGUCUGCAGGAACAGUUUUGGGGGAGGUUGCUAAGGAUGCAAAGGGAAAUGUCACUGAGGUUGCAGAGAAGGUUGGAUCUGUCGUCAAGAGCCGUUGGUCAUUUCUACAGCAGCCAUCAACAAGACAAGCUAUGCAAGAGCGUCUAAUUUCUGCAGCUGCCACCACUAGCUUAUUCUUGAGGAAGGGUUUUUCAGAGACAAAGGAUAAGGUUGUUGUUGGGAAGACAAAAGUUGAAGAGGUGGCAAAGAAAACAGCACAAAAAAGUAAGACCCUGAUGACUGAUAUCGAGCGCUGGCAGAAGGGAGUUGCAAGCACUGAUGUGUUUGGAGUUCCCAUUGAGAUCACUGUUCAUAGGCAACAAUCCACCAGGCCUAUCCCAUCUAUAUUGGUCAAAUGUGCAGAUUAUCUUGUGUUAUCAGGACUCAAUUCUAGGGGGUUAUUCAAGUCUGAAGGAGACAAAAAGACCAUUCAGAAUUUGGUUUCACUAUACAAUGAAGAUUCAAGUGCAACACUGCCUGAGGGUUUAAAUCCACUUGAUGUUGCAGCUCUUAUAAAGUGCUAUCUUGCAAGCCUGCCUGAGCCAUUGACAACCUUCCAGUUAUAUAAUGAAAUCAGAGAUGCUCGCUCUAGCAUACCUACAAUGAGAAAUAUAUUGAAGAAGCUUUCUACUGUCAACUACAUGACACUGGAAUUGAUUACUGCAUUGCUGCUACGUGUUAGCCAAAAAUCUCCAGUCAAUGAGAUGGAUGCUCGAAGCCUUGCCAUGGAAAUAGCUCCCAUCAUUAUGUGGCAACAAGGAAAGAGUCCAGACCAAUAUAAACAGUUCUGGAGUCAGUUACCAAAAAAUCACCAGAAGACUCGUUUAGAUUCUGAUUCUAACUAUAGCCCAUGGGACAUGCUUGCAGAUGAAGAUGAAAAUGUAGACGCUUCUUCUCCUAUUCCUUUGGAUGAUGGCUUGCCUGUUGACUUUGGUGCGAUCGAAGUUGUUCAGUGCUUGAUUGAACAUCAUAAUGCAAUAUUCACAGACGCAAAUGAGACUGUUUGGAGGUGACAGAUAACUCAGUUUCAGCGACGCUUAUGCUCUGGAGAUUCAGUAACCCAUUGCCAAUAACUUUUCCAGAAUGGAGUUUGAGGAGUGUGCCGUCUCAACAUUGGAGAGUUUCAGGGUUUCCGCAUGCAUGUCACUGUAAAUUUUUGUUUAUUUGCAAUGGUCAUAGGUUAUGGUCUGUCAUGAGUACAAGAAAAAGAUUAUUUUUUUGUCAUCUUUGAAGUUUGAAGAUGAUUGAUUGUACAUGGGUUCAUCAGUGACAUAGCAGACAUGAUUGAAGGGCUUGUGCUUGGGCUUGGAGACUUGGAGUUAAUGUUUUAUUCUGGGACACAUGCAAAUAGUUAUAAACCCAUAUUCUACAUGCAUCUCUUUAGUCUUU